AUGGAAAUAGUAAUAAAUAAUGUUAAAAAUUUUUCUAAGUGGACCCUACAUAACUUUACAGAAAAGUUGAGAGUUUUUGAAUUGAGAGAUAAAUCGGAUGCAGAGCUCCUGAAACUUCUGGAUGACCUCAAGCAGGAGCUUGCAACAUUCAGAGUCUCAAAAGUAACUGCAACUGGCACAUCAAAACUCUCGAAAAUCACUCUAGUUCGUAAGGCAGUGGCAAAGGUACUGACAGUUUAUAACCAAAGAAAGAAAGAGGAGGCAAGAAAGAAGUACAAAAAACUUUCAAAAACUCCACUUAACCUGAGACCAAAACUUACAAGAGCUAAACGUAAAGGUUUAACAACAAAACAAUUGACAAUGAAGACAAUUAAGGAACGUAAAAGAGCAGAAAACCUACCGAAACGUAAAUACGCUCUUUUGGCUUAA